UGUUGGCGAAUGCUCGCUGACAGCCGGCGCGGCUGGUUCCUGGAUCGAUUCUGGGCGGAUUCGGGCUUGGAGAGGCGCCGCCGAUGGCCGGGAGGCGUCGCGGAGCCUCUGAGGCGCCGGCUCGUUGUUUUUCAGCGGGCGUUUCCGGGUCUCCAUAAAUGUGAGUUUCAUGGAGGAAGAGGAGCAGCCGCCUGAGCAGCAACCCUGGGGGAGACUACUCCGCCUAGACGCCGGAGAGGGCGAGCCGCAAGUCCUUCUGCGGAAACGCGAGUGGACCAUUGGACGGAGGAGAGGUUGUGACCUUUCAUUCCCCAGCAAUAAACUGGUCUCUGGAGAUCACUGUAAAAUUAUAAUAGAUGAAAAGUCUGGCCAGGUAACUCUGGAAGAUACCAGCACCAAUGGGACAGUAAUCAACAAGCUGAAAGUUGUUAAGAAGCAGACUUGCCCUUUACAGACUGGGGAUAUCAUCUAUUUGGUAUACAGAAAGAAUGAACCAGAACACAAUGUGGCAUACCUCUAUGAAUCUUUAAAUGAAAAGCAAGGCAUGACUCAAGAAUCCUUUGAUGCCAAUAAAGAAAAUAUGUUCCAUGUGACCAAAGAUAAUUCAGGUCCAGGGCAGGGUGAUGACCUCCAGGUCCUACCUUCAUUACCCACAACUCAGACAUGCUUGGAGGAGCCAGAGCCAUCAACAUCGACAUCAGACCUCUUUCUCAAAGCCUCUACCUCUUCCAUGGAGCUGGACCCUACUUCCACAGGGCAAGAGGAUUCCUGCAGCUCUGAGCCUGGGAAUACAGGCACAUCUCUGAAAGGAUGUGAUACACUCACUGCAAUUCAUGAGCUCUCCAGCCAUGCUCGAUCUUGCCCAGACAGAGAAGGAACAUCCUUCUCAUUGUUGGAACCCCAGGACCAGGAAGAAAUGGAACCUGCCAAAAAGAAGAUAAAGGGAGAUGGGGUGCUUGCCUUAAACCUGCAGUUGUUGGUUGCAGACCAGAGUAGAAAUGUCCAAACCACCCAUGAGGAUGUCAGAGCUGCCUCUGUGAAACCAGACAAGAUGGAGGAGACACUCACAUGCAUCAUAUGCCAAGACCUGCUGCAUGACUGUGUGAGUUUGCAGCCCUGCAUGCACACAUUUUGUGCGGCUUGCUACUCUGGCUGGAUGGAGCGCUCGUCGUUGUGCCCCACUUGCCGCUGUCCAGUAGAACGGAUCUGUAAAAACCACAUCCUGAAUAACCUUGUGGAAGCAUACCUUACCCAGCACCCAGACAAAAGUCGCAGUGAAGAAGAUGUGCGAAGUAUGGAUGCAAGGAAUAAAAUCACUCAAGAUAUGCUACAACCCAAAGUCAGGAGGUCAUUCUCUGAUGAAGAGGGGAGUUCAGAGGACCUGCUGGAGCUUUCAGAUGUUGACAGUGAAUCCUCAGAUAUCAGCCAGCCAUACAUUGUGUGCAGACAAUGUCCUGAGUACAGAAGGCAAGCAGUGCAGCCCCUUCCCUGCCCAGCACCAAACAGUGAGCUAGGGCCCCUUGUGGGGGAAGCACCAUCUACAUCUGCAAGCUUCCGGACAGCAGCCCAGGCUUAUGUGUGUCCUCUACAAGGAAGCCAUGCCAUAUGUACCUGCUGCUUCCAGCCUAUGCCUGACCGGAGAGCUGAGCGUGAGCAAGACCCCCACAUCGCUCCUCAGCAGUGUACAUUGUGCCUACAGCCCUUCUGCCACCUGUACUGGGGCUGCACCCGAACAGGCUGCUUUGGUUGCCUGGCCCCCUUCUGUGAGCUCAACCUGGGGGACAAGUGUCUUGAUGGAGUGCUGAACAACAACAACUAUGAGUCAGAUAUCCUGAAGAAUUACCUGGUGACCAGAGGCCUGACAUGGAAAAACAUGUUGACGGAGAGUCUUGUGGCUCUUCAACGGGGUGUGUUUUUACUGUCUGAUUACAGAAUCAAUGGGAAUACUGUACUGUGUUACUGCUGCGGCCUGCGUAGUUUCCGAGAGCUGACCUACCAGUAUCGGCAGAACAUCCCAGCUUCUGAGUUGCCAGGAAAUUUUUGGAGAAGCUGUGAGUUCCUGUCUUCAAGAAGCUCCACCCAAGGCAUACAGCCUUUACAGCCUUUUAUGUCUUCAGCAGCUGUAACAUCCCGUCCUGAUUGCUACUGGGGCCGUAACUGCCGUACUCAGGUGAAGGCUCACCAUGCAAUGAAAUUCAAUCAUAUUUGUGAGCAGACGAGGUUCAAGAACUGAGUGUUGGAUGAGACACAUAAACAACUGGAGAACACAGGAGGCAAUGACAAUACAUUUAAAAAAAAAAAAUACCACCUAGAACCAAAUUAAGGACAUUUUUACUUUCAUCUGAACACCAUUGGGGUUGCUUUGCAUUGGGAAUCUUUCCUGGAGCUUCACCCUUGGUGAGACUCUCCCAGCAGCCUGGGAGGCCUGCAGGCCAUCCUGUCCUUCUAGUCAGUGCAGUCAGAUCGGCAGACCCAAAGCCUCAUUCCGCCAAGAUAGGUCCUCCUGAGUGGUGGGGGAGUGACAGUGCAGGUUUGUACUUUUAUACCUUUUUCAUGACUACAACUAAAACUGGGCAUUUUUUUUCAACAAAGUUUUAUGGAGAAAGGAGCAGCUUUAUCAGAAGCAUUCUGUAUAAGGAAAAGGAAUGCAAGUUCACAUCCUCCAAAAUGUACAGAAUAUUCUGCUGUCUGGAAAGCCACAGCCUUUUGUAUAGUUUUUAUUUUAAUAGGUUUUAUGCUUAUCUUCUAAAUAAGAUUUAAAUAGUACAAGCUGUAGCACAAAUAAUAUAAUUUAUAAUUUACAAAUAGACUAAAAUCUGGGAUAGUAUGAUAUUUGAAAGAAUAAGCAUAUGUUUCUGAUUAUUAAAAAAAAAAAAAAUCAUCAAAUGUCCAAAACUGCUAACCCUGGAGGUAGGUGUAAAUGUUCAGGUCCCUAGCUCAGAGCUAGCACCACCUACUGUCUAUCAUGGUGUGGCCCCGCCCUAUUCCCUGCAGUCCCUGGGAACAGCCCCCAGAGGGCUCCUCACAGACUGGUCCUAUGCUUCCCAAACCUUUCCUAAUAUAUUAGGUUUGCCAUGACAUCUGGAAUACUUGAAAUUUUAGUCUUUUUUUUUAAGCUUUUAAAAAAAAAAAAUCUUUCAUUGAAAUCAACUGUUAUGUUUGUUUGCAAACUGUUUACUUUUGCUUCUCAGGAAUACAAUUUUCAACUGUUGUCUUGCUCUUGAUAUAGACUGAGAGGUGGCACUAUGUAUUUGUGGGAGAAAGUUCCCUUUUUUUGUUGUUGUUCUAAUAAACAGACUGUGUUUAUUUCUCCUA